UCGUAUCUACAUUCGUUCUGUUGCCGAAUUUUAUAUAUUAUAAUUGUUUUUCGGCGGAUCGGUGCAAAAAAAAUAAUAUAAAAGCCGCGUUUGGCUUGUUAUGUCAUCUGAUGGUGACUUAAUAUACACGAUGUCCGACGCAGAAGAUGAUUUUAUGUGUGAAGAUGAGGAGGAUUACGGACUGGAAUAUUCCGAAGACAGCAAUUCUGAGCCAGACGUUGAUCUCGAAAAUCAGUACUACAACAGUAAAUCUCUAAAAGAAGAUGAACCCAAAGCGGCUUUGUUCUCCUUUCAAAAAGUUCUUGAUCUCGAAGGAGGCGAAAAAGGCGAAUGGGGAUUUAAAGCUCUCAAGCAAAUGAUUAAAAUCAAUUUUAAGUUGGGUAAUUUUAAAGAAAUGAUGGAUCGAUAUAAACAAUUACUUACAUACAUUAAGAGUGCUGUUACACGUAAUCAUAGUGAAAAAUCUAUAAAUUCUAUCUUGGAUUAUAUUUCUACAUCAAAAAAUAUGGAAUUACUUCAAGAUUUUUACGAAACAACUUUAGAAGCAUUAAAAGAUGCAAAAAACGACCGAUUAUGGUUCAAAACGAACACGAAACUCGGCAAACUUUAUUACGAUCAAGGCGAUUUCAACAAGUUAGCAAAAAUCCUAAAACAACUCCAUCAAUCGUGUCAAACGGACGACGGCGAAGACGACCUCAAAAAAGGCACCCAACUCCUUGAAAUCUACGCCCUCGAAAUCCAAAUGUACACCGAGCAAAAGAACAACAAAAAACUAAAAACACUUUACGAGCAAUCCCUUCACAUCAAAAGCGCCAUCCCGCACCCAUUAAUUAUGGGCGUUAUCCGAGAAUGCGGAGGGAAAAUGCAUCUACGCGAAGGCGAAUUCGAAAAGGCGCAUACAGAUUUUUUUGAAGCCUUCAAAAAUUACGACGAAUCCGGAAGCCCUAGAAGGACUACUUGUUUAAAAUAUUUGGUUUUAGCUAAUAUGUUAAUGAAAUCUGGUAUUAACCCAUUCGAUUCGCAAGAAGCUAAACCAUAUAAAAACGAUCCCGAUAUUUUGGCCAUGACCAAUUUGGUAAAUGCUUAUCAAACUAAUGAUAUCAAAGGGUUCGAAGCUAUUUUACGAGAAAAUCGGGAAACUAUUAUGGACGAUCCUUUUAUACGUGAACAUAUUGAAGAUUUGUUACGUAACAUUCGAACACAAGUGCUAGUAGAACUAAUAAUGCCUUAUACUAGAAUUCAGAUACCUCAUAUAAGUCGUGAGUUAAACAUCGAUGAGGAAGAUGUAGAAAACUUAUUGGUGUCUUGUAUUUUGGAUAAUACAAUUCUAGGUAGAAUCGACGAAGUAAACCAUGUAUUAUUCUUAGAUCACUUAACGAACAUAAACAACACACGAUACACGGCCCUUGAUAGAUGGACCAAUCAAUUGGCGAGCCUUCAUGUUUCCGUGGUGAAUAAAAUGGCGUAAAAUCCUCAUUGAAAAGGUGUUUUAAAUUUUUUGUGAGAGGGUAGAGGAUUGAACGCGAAAAUUGAACGCUAUUUGAAAGUAAAUUACCAAAAAUUGUAUUUUUCAUCUAGAAACACUAAUUUUAAAUCAAUACGGUUAUAUAUAUUUUUUUUAAUUUGUACAUUUAAGGUACCUAAAAUAUUAAUUAAACGCCACUUGUAGGUAAAAGUUGUAAUUUAAAAUUAGUUUUUCUAUUUGAUGAGAUAAGAUCAUGGAACUUAAAUCUUGUUUUAUAUUUUGGUGAUUUACUUUUGAAUCGGUCUGUAAACUUUUUUAACGAAAAAUUAAAAAAAAUUGUAUUUAAAAGCUACAUGUUUUUGCUGCAGAACCAUUUUUCGAUUUAUUUUCCUAAACACAAGCACACAAAGAAGAAAGUUCAUGAUAAAAAUGUGAUAUAGCUCUAAAAAACUAUGAAAUAAAAAAAUCUUUAAAGAAGAAAUCCUCUUAAAAAUAAUAAUCAACUCGCCCAGAUCAUUUACUCAUUUUCCACACAACAAAAUAAAAAUUGUAAACAAAUUUUUGCAAAAACCCUAUCAAUAUUAUUAAUUUUUUGUCUCAAAUAUUAAUUUCUUUGUGUUCGUAUUUCUAACAUUGCUAAAAAUAACUGGAUUGAAAUUAAUUUACAAAGUUUUUAAUUUAUAAUACUUUUUUGUUUUUUUUCUAUGUUAAUAAUAUUCAAGUUGCUGUAUCAUUUUCUUUUGUAAAGUAAAUAAAGUGAUAUUUUCCAAAUGGA